GCUAACCAAGCUGACAACUGACUCCAGUCUUCCACCGCCACGCCUCGGCAGUCUCACUCGCUUCUCGCAGCUGGAGCCAUCCUCCCUCCUGCAGCCAAGCUUCGGUUACAUCGCCAACAAGUGGUGACAAGCUGUCCAGGCAUCGCCUUCACCCAAGCACCAGUCAGACAAGCAGUGGAGGAAUUACUUUGUGUGGGUGGAACAACUCAGAAGCAGAUGUAUUACCAACCACCAAAGUUGUACCAAAGUAGAGAGGCCGGCAUGAUGGGACAUUGAAGUUUGUGGACUAGAAAAACAUCUAUAGUUCUCUAAAAACUGUGAUGGUUGGCGUGGUGGUGGUGGGGUGAGAUGCGGCUGAUGCGGUCGGUGGUGGGCGGGUGUGUGUUUGUGGUGGCCAGUGUGGUGCUCCUCUCCACCCUCACCUCCACCCCGCCCACUGGCCCCGCCAUUCACUCCAUUGUCGCACACAACCUCAAGGAGGAGCUGGAGGGGAGUAUGACUUGUGACGAGGAGGACCUGGAGAGGCUUGGCUUUGUGGAUGGACCUCAGCUGUACCCCCAUCAUGCCUGGGACAACCUCUCCACUCCUGUGUUGGCCUCUGCUGUGUGGAGUGGACAGGUUUGGCAGGUGGAGGGCUUGGCAGGCCUGGCACAGCUGCUCUUACCAAACCUAACUCUGAUGGUUUACAGCCUGGACUUGCCCACAUAUGAAAUGCAGCAGCUAGAGGAGGUCUGCAACACCUCCUGUGUGGUGGUGCCCUUUGACUUCUCCCUCUACCCAUCACACGUGCGGGACCACCACCUCAGGGCAUACCGGCCCAUCAUCAUCCAGGAGCUGCUGGUGCGGGCCGGGGCGGUGUUCUGGCUGGACGCUGGAGUGCGGCUGGCUGGCAGUGAAGAGGGCGGCAUGGCAGGAGAAGAAGUGGAGAGGCUGGCUGAGGAGUGGAGCAGCCAGGCACUGAGGAGUGGAGGGGUGCUGGCCUGGCCCCUCACAGACCCUCCUCAACUGCCCUCAGCUGCCCUCACUCACCCCAACAUGUUCACUUUCUUUCACACCAAGAAGCACAACUAUGACUUCCAGCAGAUGGGCGAUGCAGGCACCCUGCUGCUGUACAACACUGAGGGCGUCCACCGGCACCUGAUGCGGCCCUGGGUGUCUUGUGCUCUCACACACAACUGUAUCAGUCCCAUUGGAGCUCAGGACACAGGCUGCAGGUACGACAAGAAGCCUCUUUUCCGCUACUCAGGUUGCCACCAUUAUGAUGCCUCAGCCUUCAACGUUGCACUGGGCGUGAUGUUCUCCUACGACACUCGGCCGUACCUUGCCUCAGCCUCCCCCUUUGUGCGUGUGAAAGCCAAGCCCCAGCCAGACUCAGACGCUCCCCUAGCUGGCCGAGGGGAAGAGGACGAGGCCACCAAUACAUCCUCCCUGCGUGAUACUCUUAGCAGGAGACCACUGGGAGUCGGAAGGAAGACAGACCGAACCCUCCGAGGCCUGGAGAUGAUGCACAGGACGACUCGAAGCAACAGCACAAGUAGGGCAGGUAGUAAGAGGCUAGGUGAGAGAGAGAGUGAGAGGGAGAGCCACAGCAAGCACAUAGUUGCCAUAAAUGCUACAAGGAGGAGAGUAAGUGAUGAGGGAAGUAGAAGGAUUUAUUGACCUCAGCCUCCUAAUGUUAAGAUGUCAUGUAUUGUCCCCUUUGUUGUUUUCCUCUAGGACCUGUGACUGCAUGUGUUGUUACUGUCACUGCUGUUGCUGCUGCUGUCAUUGCUGCUGUGGGGAGCAAACAUCGAAUUAGCUUAUCUGUGGCUGGGCUGAUAUUUCUACUCCCUCCUCCCCUUCUCAAGUCCAGUGCAGAGAGGAAGGGAGGCUUGAUGGGGGAAGGAAGAGAAGGGCUGAGGCUCUUAUGCAAAAUGUUGUGUGCCACAUGCUGAGACAGUCUAGCAAAGGAGUGUGUGUGUGUGUGUGUGUGUGUGUGUGUGUGUGUGUGUGUGUGUGUGUUUGUGUGUGUGCGUGUGUGUGUGUGUGU